GGGACAAGACUUUACAGGGCCAUCGAUCGCGAUCGGUACGGUACAUGUACUUGUAAUUGUACGUACCUGCAUGAUCGAUCGUGACGUACCCGUACCUAAUUUGUGCAGAAUAGGAUCGAGCGUCGUAUCUACGUAAAGGUUAACUUCACCUGAAGUAGGGACAACUUUUGCAUGUGUUGCUUUUGCAUCUCAAACGGGCAAACUGGGCCAGUCCUCUAUUUGAUCUCCCACACGUCGAUGUAAUUUUUUGCCUUUGCGCGGGCGGAGUAGACCAAAUCAAGUGUCAUGGCGGCCGAAAGGUUGGAAGUCCUACGCCGACACUUAUCAUUAGGGAGUGCGGCAAAAUCAUUGAAGCCGUACACACUCCUUUCCAGGAACGAGACCAGUUCAGUCUCGGUCAACCCAACAGUCAUCCAGUAUGUAUUACCCAACUCACUGCUGACCCCAGAACAAGUGGCUUCCUAUGAAAGGAAUGGUUUUCUCGUCAUAAGAAACCUUGUGCCUCACGACAAAAUUGAUGAAUACAGGCAACGAUUUGCAGACAUCUGCAGUCGGCAAGUGGACACCGAGGGCAUGGUGAUCAUGCGUGAUGUUGCCAUUGCCAAAUCUGAGUUUGUGCCGGGAGAACAGGCUGUCACGAAAAUCCAAGAGUUCCAAAGUGAUCCAGUACUGUUUAAAUACUGCUGCUUACCAGAGGUCUUGAAGUACGUUGAGUGUUUCACCGGGCCCAACAUCCAAGCCAUGCAUACCAUGCUGAUCAACAAACCUCCAGAUCCUGGCACAAGGUCCUCCCGCCAUCCCAUGCACCAGGACCUGCACUACUUCCCAUUCAGACCGGCCGAGCGUAUCGUCUGCUCCUGGACAGCCAUGGAGAGAGUGGACCGUUCUAACGGUUGCUUGGUGGUGCUUCCUGGCACACAUAAGACUGAGCUGUUACAGCAUGAGUACCCACAGUGGGAGGGUGGUGUGAAUAAGAUGUAUCACGGUAUCCGCGACUACUCCCCUGACCACCCGCGUAUGCAUCUUGUCAUGGAGAAGGGUGACACUGUCUUCUUUCAUCCUCUUUUGAUUCAUGGCUCUGGCAUGAACCGUACCCAAGGAUUCAGAAAGGCAAUUUCCUGCCACUAUUCAUCAGCCGAGUGCCAUUACAUCGAUGUGCAGGGGACCGUCCAGCAGAACAUUGCUGAUGAGGUUAUUGAAAUUGUCAAGAGGAAAUAUGGCACAGAUCUGGAUUUCAAAUUUGAGGAUGCCUGGAGGUUUAAGAGUCGUUUAGUUCAAGGGCAGGAAGUCAGCUUGUAGAGACCAGAGUCCAGGAGGCCAGUUUUGGAGGAUGGAGUGAGUUCAUGAGGAGACCAUCCUAAUAGGCAGACCACUGGAUCAAGGCUGUAAGAGGUUGUAUGAUAGUAUCCAAAUUUAGUAUGCAAAUGGAAUUUUAAAAUCUCACAAGGUUAUUUAUAAUAUAACUCAAUGUACUUUGAAUGGUAAACAAACAGGAAAAAAUAUUUUAAAUUGCAAGGAAAUAAAGUUUUCUUUAUUUUUCCCCAUUCUCCUGAGGUGAUUGCAGUAUGGUGCAUUGUAUUUUUUCAAUGGACACUCCAUAUUAUGCUAUAUUUAAUCAGUUUACUGUGUACACACACCACGUCUGUGAUGAUGAGGGCGAAUUUUUCUUGUCUCUUUAAUUUGUAACAGUUUAAACUGUCAUAAAUUGUCGCAGAAAUACAAAUAAUAUAAAUCAAAUCAGCAACCUAAAUUGUUGCCAAAGAUGUUAAAACCAGCUUUGGUAUUCAGAGAGUAGAAAUGAUAUGUACACCUAACCAUUUGAACCAUAUUUGGAGAUCAAAGAGGGUUUCAGUCGUGAGCUGUGAGAAAGCAGGUUUGCUUGUUGGACCUUAAGUUAAAUUAGCGGUUCUUUGGCACUAGCUUAUGUGUUACCAAGUCACUGCUAAUUGAUUUAUGGUCAUGUUUUGUGCAUAGUAUAAUUAAAGUUCGCACAAGUUUGUUGCUAAUUAAUUAAGGUCCUGGGUAUUGUAUUAUCUUCAAGCAAACUUGAAUCCUCACUUCUCAUUGAUCGACAACAAUGUGACAUCACACUGUAUCGCAACAUGCACCCUGUGCAUUAUGCUGUUCUGACUCUGUAAUUUUAUAAUUAUGCAAAAUGUGCAGUAUAGCUGCAAAUCGUGCUGAUCACCAAGUGCAUUUAAACAUGCACUCCUUUGAGUAUAGACAGCAUGCUUGUUUCAUCUCUACUGCGUGUUGAGUUUACCGAAAGAUAUUGUGCUCGCAUGUGUAAUAAUUAUCUCUGUAUUUAGUAAGCAGAUUGUAUGUUUUAUUAUCCAUGCCCUACAAUAUUGUAAUGAUUUGAAGCUUGUGGAAGUUUUUGUGGUCAGCUAAUAAAAUGAAUCUGGGAGUGAGCACAUAAAAUGAAUCUAGGAGUGGGUGACAUUUUUGGCACUGGUUGCCAGUGGCGUAACUAGGAGUAAAUGCCGGGGGGUGACCCGGAGAUGCACACACUUUUCAAGGGGGCACUAGAAGAAAAUAAGCUGCUGUUGCAUGGCUAUAUCAAUGAAGAUUAUUCAAAGAUUUCAAAUGGUGGGAGGGGUGCGGGGGGGGGACAGGCAUCUGCCGAGGGCGCGCCCCCCUCCUCGUAGUUAUGCUACUGCUGGUUGCAGUUUGUUUAGAAUUUCCAAUUUUUCCAACGUUUCCAAUUUCUCUAUGGGUCAUCAGUCUCUUCCUGGGCGAUAUCCAAGGAUGCCCCUAUGAUACAGUUUUGUUUCCCAGUACAGGUUAACACAGGUGAUGUAUUCAGUGUAUGACAUUAACAUGCUUUGAGAUUAAAGUUUGCAAUCUAAAUGAAA